AUGAAAAUGUUAACAUUAUGUUUAAAAAUUACUACAUUUCUUCUUUUAAUUUGGACGUAUCAAUGUUUUUAUAACUGUUAUUCCUAUAAAACUUUGAUUGAUAAAAAUACAAUGCAAAUAAAAAAUGAGUUAAAAUAUAGAAGAGUAUUAACAGAGGGUGACAUAGAAGGAAAAAAGAAAACUUACGUUGAAGGAUGCCUGGAAGAAUGUCCAUUAGAUAAAAAAAAAAAAAAAAAAAAAUGGAAAAAUCCUUUUAAAAGCAAGAAUCCGUACUAUAUAUGGCAGAGAGAUACUACUCCAUAUUUGUGGGAGCAUUUUCAAAAUGAGACAAGUGAAAUGGACCCUAAAUGGAGAGACGAAAAAUGGAGUAAUGAAUGGAAGAGAAUUUCAGCUAACAAAGUUAAUGAUCUAUCUUCAAUAUUUCAUCGAAGUGAUAUUUCAAAAGAAGAAAAAGAAAGAUUAAUUUAUUCUGUUGAGAAAGAACUCUUCACACUAUUUGUGGAAUUUUUAGACAAAUGUAAGAAUGAGAUGAGAGACAAUAAAACAGAAUCCGAAUCUAAGAAAGAGAUGAUAGACAAUAGAACAGAAUUCGAACCUAAGAAAGAGACGAGAGACAAUAAAGCAGAAUCUGAAUCUGAGAAAGAGAUGAGAGACAAUAAAACAGAAUCUGAAUCUGAGAAAGAGAUGACAGACAAUAAAACAGAAUCUGAAUCUGAGAAAGAGACGAGAGACAAUAAAAUAGAAUAUGAAUCUGAGAAAGAGAUGAGAGACAAUAAAACAGAAUCUGAAUCUGAGAAAGAGAUGAGACACAAUAAAGAAGAAUGUGAAUCUGAGAAAGAGAUGACAGACAAUAAUACAAAAUCCGAAUCUGAGAAGGAGAUGAGAGACAAUAAAACAGAAUCUGAAUCUACAAAAGUGCAGGGAACAAAUAAAAUAAAAAAUUAUAAAAAAAAAAUUUCGAAAUUGAUUAUUGUUUUGAUAUUCUUAAGGAGAAUAAAAAUUAAUGGCUUAACAGAGAAUAUAGGAUUAGUCAUGCACAAGAUCUAG